AUGCCCUUGAACGUCCUCAUUGUCGGCUGCGGCGCCGUUGGCACCAUGUGCGCCUUCGCGCUGCACCAGUCCGGCGAGGCCACGGUGACGGCCUUAUUACGCUCCAACUACGACGAGGUGCGCGAGAGCGGCCUGCACAUCCGUAGUGUUGACCACGGCGAGGUUGACAGCUGGCGGCCACAUCACAUCGUCAAGUCCAUUGCUGAGGCCAAGGCACACGGCCCUUUUGACUACGUCCUCGUCGCGCUCAAGAACCUGCCGGACGUCUACAGCAUCGCGGACAUGAUCGCGCCCGUGGUGACGGCUUCGCGCACAGCCGUCGUGCUGGUGCAGAACGGCAUCGGCAUCGAGGCGCCGGUGGCGGCUGCUUUCCCGGACAGCACGCUGCUGUCGGCCGUGUCGCUGAUCGGGGCCGAGCUGGACGGCCGCGAGGUGCUGCACAACGACUCGGACGAGCUGAUCGUGGGUGUCUGGGGCGACGCUGCGCAAAAGGCGGCCGGGGCAGCUUCUUGCAAGGCCUUUGCGGCGGCCUACUCGCGCGGGGCGGCGCGCUGCGACGUCGUCGACGACAUGCAGUGGUACCGCUGGCGCAAGCUCGUGUGGAACGCCUCCUUCAACACCGUCUGCGCCCUGCUCGACCUCGACUCGGGCACGGUGCAGGACGCGGCCGGCAGCCUCGAUUCGCUGAUACGGCCGGCCAUGCGCGAGGUCGUCGCCGUGGCGGCGGCCGCUGGCUUCACGCUGCCCGAUGACGUCAUUGAGGCCGCGAUCGCGUCCAUGCCCAAGGCCGUGCGCUGUCGCCCCAGCAUGCAGGUCGAUGCCGUCCGUGGCCGGCCAAUGGAGGUCGAGGCUAUCCUCGGAAACGCCGUCGACGCCGCCCGCGACCUCGCCGUGCCCGUGCCCGUGCUGCAGACACUCUGCAGCCUGCUGCGGGCGAAACAGUGGGCCAUCCUUAACAAGGCGUAG